AUGUCAACAAAGACAAUUACCAUAAUAGAAGAUGGAGGUGUCUAUGACAUUAGCAACAACGAGGAAUUUAAGGAUUUGUUGGAAGCCCUAGAAACCAAGUAUCUGGAAAAUGUUCAAAACAAACGACGGGUGGUUGGCUUUGCAUCACUUGUGGAUGGUGGAUCCUACACCGCAGCUCCUGUUGCAGAAAGUCAUGUUGUUCUGAGCAAUGGUAUUCAAGACGGUUCCGAUAGUGGUGGAUCAUCUAGUAGUAAUACCAACAUGAGGAGAAACGACAAGUCGACCCCCGUAGCAAGCAUUUUGUGGCCAUCGUCGAACUCGCGAGGGAGCCAAAGCAACAAUGAUGCAAAUUUAAGGAGUGCAAUCAUGGAUCUCGAUCGGCGAUUGAAAAAGAAGCAACCAGACGCCGUAAAUCGAUACAUUAACAAAGGAAAUGAGUUUGUGACACAAAGCAAAUAUGAUGAGGCCAUGGACUCGUAUCAAAAAGCCCUCAAGGCCAAAGUUGAGACAUCUGGAAGUCAACAAUUGACUGCUGUGAUCAAGAGCAACAUGGGACUGGUCCUGAAAGAGCAGGGUUUGCAUGGGGAAGCUCUACAGAUUUACGAAGAGACCCUUGCCAUUCGACGAGAGGUCUUUGGUGAUCUCCAUGAAGAUGUCGCGAGUGCUUAUGGAAACAUUGGGGGUGUGUUUGAAGCUCUAGGCAAAUUGGAGGAAGCGUACGAAAUGCAUUCCAAUGCCUUGUCGAUCCAAUUGAAGGUUCUAGGAAACAACCACCCAAAAGUUGCCGACACGGUAUUUCACAUGGCAAAUGUCUUGGAUGAUCAAGGCGAAUACGAAGAGGCAGCCAAGGUGUAUCGCAAGGCCCUUGAAAUUCGAGUAGACAACUUGGGAAGCCAUCAUCCGGAAGUAGCUGAUACAUACUUCAAUCUUGCAAUUGCCUACGAGAAGCAAGGCCGCAACGAAGAAGCCAUGAGGGCCUAUCGAAAUGCCUUGUCGAUUCAAGUUGAGACGUUUGGAAAGGACCACCUAGAUGUUGCAGAAACGUAUGGAAAUAUGGGCAAUUGUUUGUCUGAUCAAGCAAGAUUUGAGGAAGCCGAAAAGAUGUACCGAAAGGCAUUGAAGAUUCAGAAAGGAGCACAACAUGGGGAUCGAGGCCCGGCUAUGGCAAGCUUAUACAGCAAGCUAGGCACUGCGUUGGCAAAACAACGCAAAGAUGAUGAAGCCAUGAACAUGUAUCAGUCGGCUCACUCCAUUCAAUUGGAGGCCUACGGGAUGGAGAGCCCAGACCUGGCUGACACGUGUAACGGUAUGGGGACUAUAUUGUAUCACCAAAAGAAGUACAACGAAGCCAUGGAAAUGCAUCAAACUGCACUGACAAUUCGGUUAAAGGUCUACGGAAAUAUGCAUGCCGACAUUGCUACUUCACUGAGUAAUAUGGGGCUUGUCUUGGAAGGUCAGGGUGAAAAGGAAAAAGCAAUGAAAGCAUACGAGAAGGCGCUAAGCAUUAGAUUGGAGGUCCUCGGAAAGCUUCAUCCAAAAACUGCAAACCUGUACUUUAACAUGGGUCUUGUGCUAGAUGGUCAGGGCAAAUAUGAAGACGCCAUAAAGGCUUAUGAAAAUGCUCUUCAGAUUCGAUUGGAGGUCCUCGGAAAUCGUCACCCAGAAGUAUCAACGACCUACAGUAAUAUGGCAGCCGUGCUCGAGGAUCUUGGGAAGUUUGAUGAAGCAAUUAAACUGUAUCAGGAUGUACUAUCAAUCCGUCUCGAAACCCUUGGUACUCGGCAUCCCAAGAUCGCGAAUACAUUCUUCAAUCUUGGCAGCGUCCUCGAUCGUCAAGGCAAGCAAUCGGAAGCACUAAAGGUUUAUGAAGAGGCACUAUCGAUUCGUCAAGAAGUCUAUGGAGAUCGUCAUCCGAAGGUUGCCGAUACGCUAAACAACAUGGCAGUAGCGAAUGAAGACCUUGGCAACUAUGACAAAUCAAUCGAGAUGCACCAGACUGUGAUUUCCAUUCGAGAGGAAGCUUUUGGAAAGAAUCACCCAGACGUAGCCCAUUCCUACACAAACGUCGCUCAAGUCUUGGAAAGCCAAGACAAACUAGACGAAGCCAUCAAAAUGUACCGAAAGGCUCUUGAGAUUCAAGUUGUGACUUUUGGCAAGGAUCAUCCAGACGUUGCAGCAACAAGCACAAGUAUCGAAGUUCUAUUAGAGACCCAGAAAAAGACUGAGCAGGCCAUGAAGCAAUAG